CAGCGGUGGGUGUUCAGGGUUGCAACACAGCUUUGUAGUUUACAGUCUCAGUCCACUAGUGGGUUGUCAUUCAGCCUCUUCCUCUCAGCAGAGGGAUCAGACGAUACUGUGAGGCGACUCGCAGCUGCUUGACGAAAAGAGUAAAAAAAUUAUUUUUACUGGCACACAGAGGCAUGGAUUCAUGGAUGACAGGCGUGUUUGUGCUCUUUGCCCUGUUCAUGCCUGUUUGCUGUGAAGAAACCUUUUUCACUGAUCCGGUCAUCUGCUACUUCCUGGACGCGUUUCUGAUGGUUUACUGUAUUGCUGCAACGGCGCUGUUCUUCAGAGAAAAAUUUUCCAAAAUGCCACGAGUUCAACCGGAGCUUGGAGAAAAAGGGGGCAUUUACCAGGAACUCGAGAGGCCAAAGGACACUGAUGCUUACGAAGUGCUUGACCCCAAAAAAGCAAAGGGAAAAACUGACAGGAAGAAGAGACCUAAGCAGAGCCAGGGCAAGAAGAAGGAUAAGGAUCCGUAUGAGUCUGUCCCCACCAGCCCUCGGUCCGCUUCGGCUCCGUAGCGACGCACUUUCAGAAACAGAGAAGCUAAUAUUUCUGAGAUGAAUGGAAGAUUAUUGCCUGUUUUUUUUUAUGUAAAGACUUUCCUUUUCUCUUCGCUUUUUUUUUGUAUUGAUAAGCACUUCAUUUUUUUUUGGUGGUUGGUUAGAUAAAAUGUGGUUGGAUUUUUAAUCAGACGUGAGGUUUUGUACCACUGAGAACAGAUAGUUACAUGCGCCGUGUAAAACAAGACAACCUUUUUCCCCUCACUGUCUGACAUUAAAUCAGACUAAACGUUUCCUGUUUUAUGUCAGCUUCUUAAGUAAUUUCUGUUUGCUAAAUACCUGAAUAAUGGCAUUUUUGCCUUCAUCAAACCCAGAGGUUUAAAUACAGCCACUGGUUUGAUUCUCAUUUGAGUAAAAUGAAGGCAACUAUUGAUCUUCACAGUAAUAAUACUGAUUCAGCCUGUAAAAAAGCAGAACAUCUUGUAAAAACCUUGGCUGAAGCUGGUGAAUGUCAUUACAUGGACUGAAAAAGCCACACAGCAAGAACAUUUUAAGAGAUUAUUUUUGAAAAAAAAAGCACUCGGGGGGGGCAAAGAGCUUGACUUUUACAGGCAUGCUGAAGUGAUUAUUUCUACAUUUGUAGGAUGUUUGAAACUUGUAAACAUCUCGAGUGUGAAGUAGGGAUGUGGCAACCUUCUCUUGAGUGUUUUGGUCCAGGAUAGACUGAUAAAAUGACCUAAGGAGAGAGUAAUACAUACAAAAACUGAAGCAGCAUCUCAAGACGUCAGCCAGGAAGUUAAAGCUUGGGCUUAAAUUCAGUUUUCUAAAUGAACACUAAUAAUCCCGCUAAGUUAGCUACAAAGUAACUUUAAGCACAAUAAAAUCAAUGUUUUGGAGUAACCAUCAAAAAGCCUGGAUCUGACUCCAACAGGAAACGUGUGAGCGAUGCCACCUACAACGCUGACUUCAGAAUGUUGGGAAGAACGAACCAAAAUUCCCACAAAUGAUUUGACAGAAUAUUGUUAAAGGGCACAAAAAAUAUUUGACCCUACUAACAAACUGAAUAGCUGAAAUUGCAAUUUUACCACAUGCUAAAGAAGCACAAAUAAACUUUUGACAUUAAAGUAAAAAAAUAAACUAGAAAAAUAGUCUCCGUCUGACAUUUAGCAAAUAGAUCCAAGUUAAAUUCCGACUAAAAAAGGGAAAAGUUUAGUCUGAUUUAGUGUUUUAGUUCUUUAGCCUGCUGUCAUGCUGCAGUAAUAGUAAUAGAGGUAUUUUCUAAACCGCGGACCGAUGUAAAUUUGAACUCAAUAGGAAGUAUUGCAUUCAUUGUAUAUAACAGGAUAAAGCACGUGUCAAAACACUUGGAAAACAGUUUUAAUGAUGUUUACAACAAAAAAAGAACUGUACAUUUACAGUAAAAGAUUAUCUUUGUAUGUGUAUAAAAACAAAAAACAAAAAUACAGCAGACAAAUGCAUCAAAAUCUACUAUGUAUCCUGAUUCACAUACUUAAAACUCCUACACAAUCUUUUAUUUCUAAACCUCCAUGACUGGAGGCCUUUACUUUUUUUUAUUUUUAUUUUUUUAUUCUUUUUAGUAAUAAUAUCAGAGCAGUGUCCCUCUCUCAGUGUUGUAUUUCAGGUGAAAACCAAAACUCCUUACAUUCGAGUCCUGGAAAGUAAAUCGAUAGACUGCAGAGUAAGAAAAAGGAGGAAAAUAAAACAGGAACACAUUCCUUUAGAUCAGCCCAAGCUUCCAACGUGAAUUGUUUUACAGAACGCAUUUCUCGAGAUACACCGACAUAAUAUGUACAUGGUUGUCAUCCUUUUUUUUUAUUAUUAUUUUUUUCUUAUUUUUCUGUUUUUUUUAUUGAAAGCUGUGGUUGCCUGGGCCGGAAAACUGAUAAUCGCACACGACACACCCAAAAAAAAAACAUACAAAAAUACUAUAUCUUUAACCUACUAAGAGUAAGACAGCUCUGCAAUUAGUUCCAUGCUGUGACAGAAAGAAAAAAAAAAAAAAAAAAAAGAGGUUACAACAAACAGACGCUUUUCACGCAAGUUUUUUUUUUUUUCUUCUCAGAAAUAUAUCAAAAUAUACAUCUAAGCUUUGGAAUUACUGAGGCUAAGGACUAAAAGCCAGAGCUGGGUUUUGUCUCUUAAUACACAUGCUGCAGGGCGGGAAGGGAGACAGAGAGACACACACAGAGAUAGAAAGAGAGAGAGAGAUCUUUGGUAUCUGCGUUUGUCAAAAAAGUUUAAAUAUUUGGAUUUUUGCUUUGGGAUAGCGCUUGUGAGAGCCGGACGGCCUCGCCUGGAGUAAAGCCUUAGACAAAAAGUGUCACCGAAGCCCCGUCGGGUCUGAGCCGGGCGGGGACGGACCGUGAUGCAUAGUGUCACAGAGUCUGUAGAGAGGAGACGACAGUGAAGGGAAGGACGUGUGUUUCUGGAGACAUGAAGGGGGAAGCGAGGGGAAGAAGAAGAAGUCCUUGAGAAAGAGAAAGAGAAAGAGAGAGAAAGAGAGAGACGCGAUGGAAGAAAGUAAGGGAGGACGUACAAAGUCCUGAGCAGGUACAGCGUGCACAGGAUCCACCCUCAGCGUGUAUUAACAAACAUCACCCAGCCAUCGCCACAUUGGUUCGUGCCCGUCACAGAGGCCCGCUCAGCCCCCUCCAAUCCCCGCCCACAGGCACUGAAACCGCUGCACCGACGGGACGCACAUUCACUACAAGAAAAGCAAACAAAACAAAACAUCCCCUUACAGUCGGAACGCUUUGGGACUCUGGAGGAUGAGGGACGUGGAGGGAGUGCAGCCUGGAUUAGAUGCUGAGCAGUGAGGCGGGGAUGGGCGAGACGACGGCGUUGCUCGCGUACAAUCAAGUUAGAAGUCUUUGGUUAGCGUUGGUACCACAGGAAACCGAGAGCGGGCCACGACAGGAGGAAACCUGCACAUACUUGUACCGUGUCAUAAAUGACAAACAAAAAUAUGGAAAAAAAAAACAGGAUUGUCAAACUUAAAAGGAAGUGUAUACACACAAAGACGGGAGUAGGAAAUCAACUAAAGUGGCAACAAAGGAUUGCAGAUUUUUCAGAUCUGACAAAUGUAAAGACACGUGUGCACAAGUUGUAAAGGGAAAAAAAAAAAAAA